UCGCUCUCACACUGAGACUUUAUCUUGAACAGUCGGCGGGGCGGUGUUGUUUGUGGAGUGUCAGUCGUCGCUGUCUCUGUUUCUCUGUUUCUCUCUCGCUCGCGUUCUCUCUCUGUCUCUUCUGGAGAUUGAACCCAACUCAAGACGAGCACAAAAAAUCUGAGAUACAUCAUUGCAAAAAAUAUAUAUUCUAGCUAUAUAUAUUAUAUGUUUAUAUAUAAUUAAGAGGAGAGAAGCUAUAGCUGGUGGUGUUACGUUGGCUACUUAAUUCCUGUCGGCGCCUGUCGUUUUUUUUCUGUCACCAACUUUCAUAUUCUCUCACAUAUACACUCACUCACACACACACACGUAAACACUCACACUCACACACACACACUCACACUCUCGCAUAGCAUUCUUUUAAUGAAGUAAAAGAGGAGACAUCAUUAAAAGUUGUAAAAAGCAUUACGCGUAGUAGUGUUUGGUGGUGUCGGUCGUUACCCGCCUUGGGAAUAUCUUCAUUUUAUUUCUCUCACUCUGUCUUGAUAACUUAAUACCACCUAACGUGUUUCGAACAUGUCCGAUGGCCAGUAUAGCGAUGGAUACAUGGAAGAGGAGGAGGAAUGGGACCGAGAAGGUUUACUCGAUCCCGCCUGGGAGAAACAGCAGAAAAAGACGUUUACUGCCUGGUGUAAUUCUCAUCUAAGAAAAGCAGGAACGCAAAUAGAAGAUAUUGAAGAAGAUUUUCGGAAUGGAUUAAAGCUUAUGUUGCUUUUGGAAGUUAUAUCUGGUGAACAACUACCCAAGCCAGACAGAGGCAAGAUGAGAUUCCACAAAAUAGCCAACGUCAAUAAAGCCUUGGACUUCAUUGCCAGCAAGGGUGUCAGGCUGGUUUCCAUUGGUGCCGAAGAGAUUGUUGAUGGAAAUGUUAAAAUGACAUUGGGUAUGAUCUGGACCAUUAUCUUGAGAUUUGCUAUCCAGGACAUCACUGUGGAAGAGAUGUCAGCUAAAGAAGGUCUGUUGUUAUGGUGUCAGCGCAAAACAGCACCAUACAAAAACGUCAAUGUCCAGAAUUUCCAUCUCAGCUGGAAGGAUGGUCUGGCUUUCUGUGCCCUGAUCCACAGACAUCGUCCAGAACUGCUGGAUUAUUACAAACUCACCAGGGACAAUCCACUGGAGAAUUUGAACACAGCCUUCGAUGUUGCUGAGAAAUACUUGGAUAUCCCCAGGAUGUUGGAUGCUGAAGAUAUGGUCAACUCAGUGAAGCCAGAUGAAAGAUCUGUCAUGGCUUAUGUGUCCUCUUACUACCACGCUUUCUCUGGUGCCCAACAGGCUGAAACUGCUGCCAACAGAAUUUGCAAGGUACUGAAGAUCAAUCAAGAAAAUGAGAGGCUUAUGGAAGAAUACGAGAAACUUGCCAGUGAUCUCCUUGCCUGGAUCCGUAAAACUACUCCCUGGCUAGAAAAUAGACACACAGAUAACACUCUCCCUGGAACGCAGAAGAAGCUUGAAGAAUUCCGAGAUUAUCGCCGUAAACAUAAACCACCAAAGCUGGAAGAUAAAGCCCGACUGGAAAACAGUUUUAACACCUUGCAGACACGCCUCCGACUCAGCAAUCGUCCAGCCUAUCUGCCUACUGAAGGCAAGACUGUUGGGGAUAUUGUCUUUGCAUGGAAAGGUCUUGAGUCUGCAGAAAAAGGUUUCGAAGAAUGGCUAUUGUCUGAGCUGCAGAGGUUGGAGAGACUGGACCAUUUGGCCCAGAAAUUCCGCCACAAGUGUAACAUUCACGAAGAAUGGGCUACAGGCAAGGACAUCAUGCUAGAUGCACCUUUGCAGAAAUGCAGUCUGCAAGAAAUGAAGGCUUUGAAAAAGAAGCACGAAGCAUUUGAGAGUGACCUUGCUGCACAUCAGGACAGAGUGGAACAGAUUGCUGCCAUUGCACAAGAACUGAAUGCCUUGAACUAUCACGAUGUGGUCACAGUUAACACCAGAUGCCAGCAAAUCUGUGAUAACUGGGAUGUCCUAGGAACAUUAACCCAAAAGAGAAGACAAGAACUUGAACAAGCUGAGAGAGUAUUGGAGAGAAUUGAUCAACUUCACCUUGAAUUUGCUAAGAGAGCUGCUCCAUUUAACAACUGGAUGGAUGGUGCCAAAGAAGAUUUAAUGGACAUGUUCAUUGUCCACACCACAGAAGAAAUCAGGGACCUUAUCUGUGCCCAUGAGACAUUCAAAGAAACUUUGGGUGAAGCAGACAAAGAGUUGAAUACGAUUGUUUCUCUAGAAAACGAUGCUAACCGCCUUGCUCAGGAGAUUGGAAUUGGUGUUCCAGAGAAUCCAUACACUACUCUUCAUGUUAAUGAUAUCACCCAUAAGUGGUCUGAGGUGAGAUCAUUGGUACCACAGAGGCAACAGGUUCUCAAACAGGAAGAACAAAAGCAAAUCAACAACGAACGUCUGCGACAACAGUUUGCUGCCAAGGCCAAUGAAGUUGGUCAAUGGAUUGAGGUGCAACUAGACUCUGUAGCGUCCAUCUGCGUCCAGUUGAGAACUUCCCUUGAAGACCAGCUCGCCAAGUUACAACAAUAUGACAAGGUUGUUGCUUCGUACAGACCAAACAUGGAUGAACUGGAGAAAUAUCACCAGCUUGUACAAGAGGCAAUGAUAUUUGAGAACAGAUAUACACAGUAUACUAUGGAGACUUUACGUGUUGGAUGGGAGCAGUUAUUGACUGCCAUUGCCAGAAACAUCAACGAAGUCGAAAACCAGAUUCUUACCAGAGAUUCAAAGGGUAUCAGUGAAGACCAGAUGAAUGAGUUCCGUAUGUCAUUUAAUCAUUUUGACAAAACUCGUAGCAGGAGACUUGAACCGAAAGAAUUCAAAGCAUGUCUUGUUAGUUUGGGUUACAAAAUCAGAGAUGAUAAACAGGGUGAGACUGACUUCCAACGAAUUAUGUCUAUAGUUGACCCGAAUGGCUCUGGUUACAUUACCUUUGAUGCUUUCUUAGACUUCAUGACAAGAGAAACAGCAGAUACUGACACUGCAGAACAAGUUAUGCAAUCUUUCAAGAUCUUAGCUGGUGACAAAAACUAUAUUACUGCCCAAAUUCUACGUCAAGAAUUACCACCAGAACAAGCUGAAUACUGUAUCCAACGGAUGGCACCUUACACAGGUCAUGAUGGUGCUCCUGGAGCACUUGACUACAUGUCCUUCUCAACAGCCCUUUAUGGUGAAAGUGACCUCUAAGUUUACUGAACUCUCUAUGAUCCCUUCUUUACCUCCUCUCACUUUAACUGCUAUGAUCUCUCUCUCUCUCUCUCCUUCUGUCUGUCUGUCUCUCUCUUUUUCUCUCUCUCUCUAUUUCUCUAUCUGUCUCCUUUUCUUCUUUCUCCCUUGCUUUUGGCUGUGUAGUUGUGAGUUGUCACCAGCAAUCUGAAACAAACCAUCUGACAGACAAACUGUGUGAAAUUAAUUGUUUGGCAAUCAAUGACCAACACAAGAUAAUGAACUCGUGCUGCACACUUACAAGACAUAAGUCAAAGCAGUGGAUGUUGUGAUAAAAACCAGUGUGGAAAAUACCAUUUUUUUAUAUCAAUUCAUGCUGAAAUAUAAUAAUAAUAAUAACAACAACAACAACAAGAACAACAACACUGACACAUUCAAUAUUCUUUUGCCCUCUUCCUGCAACCUGAAAUGAACCAAAUUACUUUCCUUCCAUUAAUGACAAAAGAAGACAACAGAAAACAACAACAACACCAACAACAACAAACACUCUAGCAACAUUUUAACAUUCAGAUUGUAUUUUUGUAUCUCUUUACAAAUGCCAAUCCUUUACUGUGUGUAGCUUAUUUCCUGUCUUAAUUGCUAAAAUGAAAUACAUAUAUUUAAUUACUAUUUGACAGAUUUUGAUUUUGUUAACAUUGACUCUCAUGAACACUACUACUACUACUACUACUACUACUACUACAACUACUACAAUUAUCAACUACAACAGUUGCCAAAUUGGUAACUGUUUCUGCAAUUCAGACUCUAACAACUAUUUGGGAGACAAUGAUAGCAGCAUUGGUGCUAGGAGGGUGUGACUUCGGGCAGUAACGAUAUGGUUCAGUCACUGAUUUGCUACCCUCAUUAUUAAAAGUCUGAUAAUAGCUGCCAGCUUAGAGAAAUAGUUUGGUUCAACUCAACUUCUGCUGGCAGAUUCCCACAGUUGAUUUGUCUUCAAUAGAUUCUAAGAUGUACUUCUCUACUAAAUAGGAUCACUGCUAACUAAUAGCAAAAAUGUAGUAAAUUAAUUUUGUUUCUCUCCUUUUAUAUAAUACAUAUAUAUAUAUAUAUAUAUAUAUGUCCUGAUAUCUUUUCUUCCUACAUUGUUUUGUGAAGCAGUUAUCAGGAUUUUCUCGUGUCUCUCAUAAAGAAGUUGUGAGAGUUCUCGUCUGUCUUCCAUGAAGAAAACUCAUCAGAGCUCAUCUCUUUCUUGCCCUCCAUUUAGCAGAAUUCUUACAAAAUACGAAAGAGAUAGGUUUAAUUUUCUGAUAUAGAAGAAGAAAAAUGUGUUGAUUUAAUAGUGUCAAUAUUUACUACUGAUUUCUAGUGUAGCUAACUUUCUUACUCAUCCUAAGCACAUUUAGCUGUGGCUCUGCUUGUCUGGUAUAUGUCUUGAGGAAAAUAAAUGGCCCUUUUAAUCUAAUAAAAAAGGACUCUGUUAUCAAUAGUGGAUGUCCUAACAGACAAACAUUAUUACCAACUGGGACUGGACACCAUUUGUACUGCAAUGGCAGCUGUGUUGCACCAACAGAAGAAAUAAUUACAGAUUUACAAAGAAAUGUUUCCUUUGGGUCGUUUCUUCAGCACUGAUUAAUGUGCACGUAUGUGUGUGUGUGUAUAUAUUUAUGUGUGUGUAUGUAUAUGUGUGCGUGUGUAUAUGUAUUUAUGCAUGUAUGUAUAUACACACAAACCCGCUCACAUUUUUCAGUUGGAAAUGGUUUUCCUAAGUGAUUAUUUGAAAAAAAAAGAAAAAUACAAUCUGUCUACUUUGUGUCAAUCUGCUACCCACUGGUUGCUAACAUUUAUAACAGUACAUCGUAUUAUUCUCUACCUAUAGCCCUGUCUGACCAUCUUCUGUCUCUUACGCAGGAAAUGUUCAGUGUUUACUAACAUCAAGUGGAGAAAAAAUACAGAUAUAAAAUGAUUUGGAGGAA